ACCCGUAGGUUUUAGAUGAGUUAGAACAGCUGAUAAAAAGAGGUCAAAAAUUUUUCUAGAUUGGGGGAAGGAUUGAGUGAAGAAGAAGGGGAAGAUGGAGGUGGGAUUUCUGGGACUUGGUAUCAUGGGAAAAGCUAUGUCUAUGAAUUUGCUGCGGAAUGGAUUCAAAGUCACUGUUUGGAACCGGACACUAGCAAAGUGUAAUGAACUGGUGGCUCAUGGUGCCUCUGUUGGAGAAACCCCUGCAGCUGUAGUUAAGAAGUGCAAGAUUACAAUUGCUAUGUUGUCUGAUCCUGCUGCUGCUCUUUCGGUUGUUUUUGAUAAAGAUGGUGUCCUGGAGCAAAUUUGCAGUGGUAAAGGUUACAUUGACAUGUCCACGGUUGAUGCUGAGACUUCUUCAAAGAUUAGUGAGGCAAUAAUAUCAAAUGGCGGUCACUUCCUAGAGGCUCCAGUUUCAGGUAGCAAGCAACCUGCAGAAACUGGUCAACUGGUAAUACUUGCUGCUGGAGAGAAGGCGUUGUAUGAUGAAGCAAUUCCAGCUUUCAAUGUCUUGGGAAAGAAGUCUUUCUUUUUGGGGCAGGUUGGAAACGGAGCAAAAAUGAAACUUGUUGUCAACAUGAUAAUGGGAAGUAUGAUGAAUGCUUUUUCUGAGGGACUUGUAUUGGCUGAGAAAUGUGGGCUGGAUUCACAUAGUCUUCUUGAUGUUCUGGACUUGGGUGGGAUGGCUAAUCCUAUGUUCAGGGGAAAAGGACCCGCCAUGUUAAAAACUGACUUCUCCCCUGCUUUUCCUUUGAAACAUCAGCAGAAGGAUAUGAGGUUGGCUCUUUCCCUUGGGGAUGAAAAUGCAGUAUCAAUGCCAGUAGCAGCUGCUGCCAAUGAGGCAUUCAAGAAGGCCAGAAGCAUGGGAUUGGGGGAUCUUGACUUUUCAGCUGUUUAUGAGACUGUCAAAAUAACUAAACAAUAAUGUUGAUGUUGAAGAAAUACUUAAAAGAGCACUGAGCUUCAAUUGCGCAGAUGAUUUGGAAGGUGCUCCAACCUGGCGACGUAUGGCUAGUUCCUCAGCAUGCAAUCAUCUGUUUCACAUCACAUGUGAAGUUUCUUUCUUGAGUAGCUAUAUUAUUAUUACUGCAUCAAGGGACUCAUGGCAAACGCUUAAUGCUAUAGCAUCUAAAAUAUCUGGUUUGAAUCCGAACGGUUUGUGUGGAUGUUUGAGAAUAAGUUUGUAUCUUAUCAUUCAGGUUCUUAUAAUUUCCUUGAUGAUAAUGAUCCCAAUAGUUUGAAUACUUAUCAAAAACACCCUUCUAAACAAUAACAGACCAAACAAGCU